UUGAAAUUCGAUUACCUACAAACUAAAAUGAUGCAAUUUUUUGUACUUUGCAUUAUUUUAUGAAAUAAGAUCAUGUUUUUGUUACCAAUAGCAUUGUAUUUCGCUGAUUCGAGAGUUGUGCUAAAUGCUUAUUUAGCUUUAGAGUGAGUUGCUUGUGAGCAAUACUUCCAACGUGUCAAAUAUUUUAGAAGCUGCGUUAGGUUAUGCGGCACAAAAUUUUUAAAUUAUGAGUUUCCCUGAUGAAAAUGGAUUUUCUAAUGGAGUAAGACCCGAAAACCGUGGAGAUACAUACACAAUCAAGGAGGCAUACAAUGACGGAGGACUUAAAGCGGGAGCGACUCGCGCGGCGCGGCUUGCGUACCGGGUCCUCUCGCGCCGCAAGGCCGCCGAGGAGGGCGUGGCUCGCCUGGCCCGAGUACUGUCGGCGCUGGACCUCACGGCGCUGGGAGUGGGCAGCACACUGGGCGUCGGAGUCUACGUGCUGGCUGGAGAUGUCGCCAAAAACUACGCGGGGCCAGCUGUAGUGCUGUCCUUCCUAUUGGCAGCAGUGGCUAGUGUAUUUGCCGGGCUCUGCUACGCCGAGUUCGGCGCGCGAGUGCCCAAGGCGGGCUCGGCGUACGUGUACAGCUACGUGUGCGUCGGCGAGUUCAUAGCGUUCAUCAUCGGCUGGAACCUCAUCCUGGAGUAUAUUAUAGGGGCGGCAUCAGUGACAAAGGCUUUAAGUGAAUACCUGGACUCGUUGCUGCAGCAGGCAAUAUCCCGCCCGCUGAGGGAAUGGAUGCCGAUAGACUCGCCGCACUUCGCAUCUUAUCCCGACGUGUUCGCCUUCACUGUCAUCAUGCUCUUUUCCGUGGGACUCGCCUUUGGUGUGAAAGAAUCGACCAAGUUCAACAAUUUCUGCACUGGAGUUAACCUUUGUGUAGUUCUAUUUGUCAUAAUUUCUGGAUCGUUUAAAGCGGACACCAAGAACUGGCGCAUCCCGGAAUCAGAAGUACCUAGGACUGGUAGCAAGGACUUCGGUAGUGGCGGAUUCGCGCCGUACGGGCUGGCCGGUAUCAUCCGCGGAGCUGCCGUCUGCUUCUACGGUUUUAUCGGUUUCGACUGCGUGGCGACGGCCGGAGAGGAGGCCCGGAGGCCGCAGAAGUCCAUCCCUUUCGCGGUGGUGGCGUCCCUACUGGUGGUCUUCCUGGCGUACUGCGGUGUGUCGUGCGUCCUCACCCUGAUGCUGCCCUACUACAUGCAGGAUGAAAAGGCUCCGUUUCCUUUUGUAUACGAGCAGCUGCAUUGGCACUGGGCUAAAUACGCUGUCAGCGUGGGGGCCAUCUGCGCACUAUGUUCUAGCUUACUGGGCGCUGUGUUCCCUCUGCCGCGCAUCAUAUAUGCCAUGUCGUCUGAUGGCCUGCUGUUCCAGUUCAUGGGGAGAGUCAGCGAGAAGUACCAGACGCCGCUCGUGGGCACCCUCGUUGCUGGACUCUUCACAGGUACAUUGGCGAUGCUGUUCGAGCUCGAGCAGCUGAUCCACAUGAUGUCCAUCGGAACACUGCUGGCCUACUCCAUGGUCGCGUCCUGCGUGCUCCUGCUCAGAUAUGAGACGAGCCAGAGCGGUCGCAACGUGCCCGAGUCGGCCCCGGUGUCGGCACGCAACUGUCUCCGCCAGCUGUUCAACGUGGACCGGCUGCCGGCUCCCACCAGACUUAGCUCAGCCACGGUGGCAGUACUCGUCACGUCCUACGGCGUGUGGUGCUUCGUGAUGAUGGGCAGCGUUAUGUCUGGCCACCCGGGGGGUGCGGCCGCGGGGGGCGUCCUCCUUCUGGCAACACUGGUCGCCAUCGCGCGCCAGCCCGUCUCCGAAAAGAAGCUUGCUUUCUCCGUCCCGCUGGUGCCGUGGCUGCCCGGGCUUAGCAUCCUCAUCAACGUGUACCUCAUGUUGAACCUCGACACCAUGACCUGGAUCCGGUUCGCGGUCUGGAUAGCAGCCGGCCUGGUGAUCUACGCGACGUACGGUGCUUGGCACAGCUCUGAGCGGCGCCGAAGCCCCGACGUGCCGCUUGCCGUGUUGCACAAUGACAGCCACACCGCGCUCCUGGGGCCCGCGCAACACACGCUUGGCUGACCCGCGGCCCCGCCUCCUGCCCCCGACCCUGCUAGCCCCACCGCCACGAUCGUCUCCUUUAUAUCAAGUAUCUAAUGAACAGAUAUACUCGCGCUGCUCACACCAGCAGCAGUCGAGUGAAACUAGCUCAUAACAUAUCUACAGACAUCGCGCGAGUUGAAUGCAGAGCUCAGAAAUACGAUAGCGCUGUACCCUAAUUAUAAUCGAUGACCAUAAUCGUGAAAGUGUCGAUAAACAGUGCUUCAAACUUACCAUUUUAACCUGAUAUUUAACUCUCAAACUUUUAUUCUGACUUUCUUCAACACACGUGCUUAAAACGAUGAUUAAAUCUCGUUUAUUUUUGCAACAACGGAACCUGAUGGACUCCGAUAAGUCAUUAUUAAAAUCAAAAAAUAAGACUGGAUCGCAACUUUAGUAUUAACGCGAUAACACGGUAUGCGAAUACGGCACAGCACUACACUGCGGUGCGGACAGCGGGGGAGAUGCUGCCGCUACUUACUCCAGGCCCCGACUGCAUUCAACUCACGCCCGAGUGAUAGAUUAGCACAGCUGAUCUUUUGUUUGGUAAUUCGUUUAAUAAAUUUACUUCCGAGUGAUUAGUGAAAUGUUAUGACAAUAUGUGUUAAUAAUAUUGUUGUAUCCAAGAAAGAAAUAAAUAAAUGUAUGCAAACUUUCUUCUUACGCUACAAAAGGCCAGGUUAGGAGCAUGCCCAAUAGAUUCCUAAAUAACUUAUUCAAAAUGCAAACAAUAUAGAUUACCGUGGUGAGAGGGGGAAUUCUUAUUGGUCGGGUAUAUCUGGCUACUGCGGAUUCGUAACAGAUCUGUGUUUCUAGUGUGGUUUCUGGGAGCCAGCAGUUUCGGAUUGGUUAUUGUAAACUUGCUCAGAAUGUCUAAGCAUUCGAUUUGUAUGAUUUCAUUUCGUCGAUCCCCUUGUGCCCAUCGUGCCCCUUAAAUAUGCAAAUAAGUACAUAGGAUUUUGUAAAGGCUUGCUUUGCACGAGUGUAAGCAAAAUGUAAUUAAGUUAAUAAACUUAAGAGAACUAUAUUUGAUAAUCAACAAAUAGCAGGUUUUUAAGAUUUUUCUUUCGAGUGUGAAUAUUAUUUUAAGUAAGCAAGCUCGGAUGAGUGAUCCAUUCAUCUGUUUGAUAGAAAUCAGUGUUGCUUUUGGCAUUUUAUUAUCAAUAGUUGAAUUAUCCAGGCUAAACCAUAAUAUUAUUAAAAUUGGGUAAGCAUUUAUCCGUAAUCGAACGUCUCAUCAGAAUAAAUAAUUCGUGUGUAGAUAUCAUUAGUGAUGACUUGCUAAGAUCAUAGUUUCCAUUGCUCAAAGCAACUUAUUCAUUAUUUAUUAUAUUUUUUUAUUAGUAUCUACCAUUUAUGCAUAAAUAUAAUAUUAGCCAAUCAGAAUAUUUAUCUAAUUAAGCCAUAUUGUGUUUGUGUAUAAUGUAAUGUUAUUUUUUAAGUACUAAUGUUCCAUAUUAUGUAUUUAUUAUACUGCAAUAUAUAAUGUAGAUUUCAAUGCAAAAACAAUUUCGAAAGAGAUGUGUGGCCAGUGUUCAGUGGCCCUAUUGUCUAGGCUAGGUCUUGUACUCCACAAAAAAAAAUGGUGAUAUAAGUAUAGAACCAUAGUGUAUUUGGUGUUUCGAUUAACUUUACCUAGUUUUCUGCCUAGAAACCUGAUCAUUUCAAAAUGGCGGCUACUUUUGACGCUGAUAUUGCUAUAAUGCGAUAAAACUAUUUAUCUUUUUGACACUGGAUUCUGGACUGGGGAAGGACGUUUUUAUUUAUCUCUAGAAUGGGUAGAAAUUAUUUUUGAUAGGUUACCAUGACACCUGCAAUGGCGCCUCCAUUUGAAAACUAUAUUUUACCAGUGGGAGGCUCCUUUGCACAGGAAGCCGGCUAUAUUAUGGGUACCACAAAGGCGCCUAUUUCUGCUGUGAAGCAGUAAUGUGUAAGCAGUGUUUCGGUCUGAAGGGCGCCGUAGCUAGUGAAAUUACUGGGCAAAUGAGACUUAACAUCUUAUGUCUCAUGGUGACGAGUGCAAUUGUAGUGCCGCUCAGAAUUUUUGGGUUUUUUGAGAAUCCUGAGCGGCACUGCAUUGUAAUGGGCAUGGCGUAUCGAUUACAAUCAGUUGAACGUCCUGCUCGUCUCGUCCCUUAUUAUAAAAAAAAACAUAUAUAUAUAUAUAUAUACAUACAGAUAAACACUUAACUACUCGUGAAAAAUAUUUUUGUAUUUUUUGUGGUAUUUCUUGUAUUUUUAUAUUUUAUUUGAUGAGGUGUACAUGACUCAUUUUGAUUACUUGAGAAGUGCGACUCUGUACUUACUAUCAAAAGUACUUAACACCACAAUGGUCUAUGAACCCCGCUAUUUUAUCUAUCGUAUUCUAUGCGAAAUAAAUAGAAGUAUGUUAUCUUUAUUGUUUAAUUACAUGGAUGGCUGUAUUUAUAAUGACAAUAACAAAUUCAGUUUUAAUUGUUAUGACGUAGUUGCUAAUUCAAUAGUAACGAUAUUAAAAUCAAUUUGUCAAAGAAAUAUAUUCAUUUGUGUAUUCCCUUUUUAUUCAUAAAAUAUGUCAUGUCUGUUAGUUAUUUUUCGAUGUGAUUCCGUAUAAUGUUCAUUCUAUAUUAAGGUGUAUUCACGAAGGUAAUUAAUUACUUAGCUAUAAUAUUAUUUUAUAGACCUUGACAGUAGUGAGUAUAUUCAAAGUUGAGCAGUUGGACAUCAACUGAAAUAAAAUAAAACCGUAAAAUUGAAUUAAAUAUUGUUCUUUAUAUUAUUUAUUCUCUUUAAUACAUUUAAAUCAUAUCCGCGUACGGAAAUAACAGUUGUCUUAAAUGUUAUUGUAUUUGUGAGCACUGAACCAUUUUAUCCAGUAUCUAAACUAAAAUUAUGACUAUAAAGACUUUAUAUAAAUAAAAUGAAGUAGUUUAAAGUGAAUCUCUUGUUAGUUCCUAGCGAAUAUACCAAAGUAAAGUAUGUGUUCUGACCAUAAAAUUAGUUUAUGAAUCUCUAAAUGGUUGAAAUUGGCGUAAAGCCUGCACACACCGGGGUUUCAAAUCGCCACUGGUUCAAUAGCUGCGUUCAACUAUGAUAGUGAGAUAACGCUACUACUGUUAGAUACAGUACUAUUGUGGUACUCAAUCUUACUUUAUAAGAAUUUGGAUUCUUAUUACUUAUUAUUGCUAUUUUAUUUGCUAAAAUUCUUAGUUUAAUUAAUAAAAACUUAUCAAAAUAAUACUGUUUGUAUGGAUACAGCGUUUAAGCAAUCGAUGUAAAGUUAUGUUUUAAAUUCUUUAGAAUCUUUAUUGAAUGAAUUAGGCUUGAAAACCCAGCCAAGAAAUAGAAUCUUUUUUAGGCUGAUUGAAUCAAUUGUGAAUGUUUUUUUUUAUUCAGCAUUUUUGAAAAGCGGUGGGAGAUUUGAGAAAAUUGAUUUGUAUUUUAUAUUUUAGACAAACCCCAAAUCUGCCCUUUAAUUUUUCAUCUUUAUUUAUAUUAUUUUGAAAAUAAUUGUUAUUACACAGGUGCGAUGUUUUUAUGCUCCUUGUGUAAGGGCCUUAAUUAUGUAAUAAAUUGUUAGGGAGCGUCCAUUAAUUACGUGAAGCAUUUUUGAGAAUUUUUCGACCUCCCCUACCCCCCUUGGUCUCACGAGAGAUUCUUAAGAAAAAAAAACACAACUUGUUCUAUUAAUUUUAUUGAAGACUGGCAAUUACUAAUAUUUGUGAAUAUUACCGUAAUUUAAAUUCAUAAAAUAAAAUAAUGAAUAUUAAACAAAAAUUAAGAAAAGAUUUGACCGGGUCCCCCGUAAAUGAGAUUUGGAAAGAUUUAGCUUGUUCCCCCCCCCCCCCCCCCCCCCCACAACACCUUACGUAAUUAAUGGAUGCCCCCUUAUAUUUAUUUAAUAGUUGUGUACUGCGUUUCUAAGAAAGCAGUGUGCUUAUAUUGUUAUAAUCCAGUAUUAUUUGGUAUUGUGCUGUGUAACAGUAGUAUAUUUGUAUCAUUGAGUUAUGCUUAUUUUUAUUAAAUUAAUUGCUUAAA